AUGUUUAUACUCCUUUAUUUUUUGGAUGAAAUAGCAAUAUUCAUGAAGGAUAGAAUUCUCCAGCAUCAUAAUUUAAAAGAUGUCAAAAUUAUUAAUAUAUCCUCAGAAACCUAUUUACUUUAUAGUAAAUAGUAUAAUGAUUGCAUUCAAGUAGGAUUUUUGAAGUAAUAAGUUUUAAUUUGA